AUGUCGCCCGCCCCGUUUGAUGUAACCCCAGAGAAGCAAGCGAGCUUCCCUCGCUACAUGUACCACCAGCUCACGACCAAGCCCGAAGUCGUGAGCGAUGUCGACCUCCGCGGCAAGACAGCCCUCGUGACUGGAUCCAAUUGCGGAGUUGAGCUCGAGACGAGCCGCCAGCUGCUCGACCUGGGUAUCAGCAAGCUGAUCUUGGCCGUGCGCAACGAAGAGAAAGGCAGGGCCGCCGCCACCGACCUCUCCGCUGGCCGGGAGGGGAUGGCGCCAGGCACCAUAGAAGUCUGGAAAAUCGAUCUCUCCGAUUACGACUCUGACGUGCCGAUUCUGGCAGCGCUCGACGCCCCGGGAAAGCUUGCCGACAACAGGGAGGACCGCAUGUUUGUAUCCAAGCUUCUGGGCCAGUACUUCGUCGCCGCGCUCGCCAAACGAGUGCCUGCAUCGGUGGCCGUCAUCAACGCUGCCUCGCCUGGCACGAUUUGCGACUCGCAGUUUCCAACGCGAUACCGACAGGACGCCUGCGGGUCCGAUCGUCAGGAUGCUGACCCAUGGACAGUUCCUGUCUUUCCAGAAAAUGGUGCCAUCAUUCCACAGCCGACGUCCCAAUCUGAAUACCAGACACAGAUCAACCUUGGGCAAGAUGGCUUUUCAUCUAUGGCAUUGUCAAUCGAAUUGAGCAGGAUACGGGCCGAACUGGUGCUACCUUGCAACGAAGGUCCGGAUGAAGGCUGUAAGGAAAUGCUCGAGCAAGGCGAUUCUCGAAUCUCGUCAUGGCUGCGCCGUGUGCCUAGGUGGAAGAUGGACCUGGUGGAUCCAGACGGGGACGUCGACGUAGUGCUCUUCCAUGCUGUCGCCUUCGCACACAUAUACCGAUUAUGGCUUAGACAGCCUGCUGACCGACACGGCCUGAAUCUCCGCGAGUACUUCCCACUAGGACCCGCACAAGGUCCUGAUCGAAAGGGUCAAGCUGUCAAACGCUACGGGUGGAAGCCUCACUCGAUCGACAUCCAGGCUGCCAACAGCUUCUGCGACCUGUUCCGGUACCCAUUCCCUGCCCAGAAACUCCGGCCGGUGAUUAUCUUAGGGACACUCAGAGUGGCACUCACGUACUUGGACGCCUGUGUCUUCUUGGGACUGGAUUCACCGACCCUUCGAGAGAAGAUCAACAUGCUUGUACAGAUUCUCACCGCGAAUGGGGAGAUAUGGCCUCUGGCGAAGAAGGUCGCAGACGAGAUCAGGACGGUGGCGAAAGAGUAUCUGACACCACCGCGAACUUCUACGCAGAACCGGCGAGCUGGAAGUUCGGGUCCCGAGCCGUGGGUGCCUGUGGCAAGCAACGUGCUGCACGAGGGUUCGCUUCCACUGGCGCCCGAGGCGGAGUUUGACCUCUAUCGAGAUCUCAACCUGCUACAGGGAUGGAAUGCCAAUGAUACUUGGCCUAAUCUUGCCGAUGUCUAUCCUGUCUAG